AUGGAGGGAUUCACCACGUCGGACAGCGACAGCUGCGACAGCGAGCAGCACGCCCUCAAGACACUGGACCUGUCAAGAGCCGGCUUGGGUGCGGAGGAGGUCGACAGACACCUACAGGGCUGCGUGCGGGACGAGCCGAAGCGGGCGGAGAAUGUCGAGAACCUCAUCCUGAGUGAGAACCGGCUGCUCGCCGUGCCUGCGUGCGUGAAGAGCUUUGACAACCUGAGGGUCCUGGAUGUGAGUGGCAACCGCCUGAAGCGGCUGCCCGAGUACCUGGCCAGGUGUCACCUCACAUCGCUGAUCGCGCGCAACAACGGGCUGAGGAACGACGCGCUGCCCAAGUCCUUCAGCACCAGCAUCAAGGAGCUGAACCUGUCCGGCAACGACCUCACAGACUUCCCGCCGCAGGUUCUCGACAUGCCGAGCCUCAAGUACCUCUACCUGGGAGGCAACAAGAUCGAGAGCAUCCCGGACGACGUGAUCCGAGUGAGCGGGUGA